AAAAGUAAAGGAAUUAGUAGUCAUUGUGGGUUAUUCUCUGUCUUAUACAAUUGUUAUAUAUUACACAAUCGAUAUAUAAGCAGUGAUAAAAUCCACUAUUUAAAACUAUGACGAUUUUACUCAAACGUAAACUGCACUCAUUAUUUACCAAGUUUAAUGUAUCAAAGGUAAAACGUUGCAGUAGUACUUUAAUACUAGGAAUCGAGACAUCCUGUGAUGACACUGGAUGUGCUAUAAUAAACAGCGAUGGUAAACUUCUAGCUGAAAAAUGUCAAUCUCAAAACUUGGUACAUCUGCGAAACGGUGGUAUAAUCCCGGAUAUAGCCCAAGACUUACAUCGGACAUAUAUAGAACCAACUGUUAAAUGCACUUUGGCCGAAGCCAAUUUAAAAAUGGAUGACUUAACUGCAGUGGCAGUAACUCUCGAGCCUGGAUUACCUCUCAGCUUAACAGUGGGAAUGAAGUAUGCCAAAUAUUUGUGUAGAAAGUUUAACAAACCUUUAAUUCCUAUUCAUCAUAUGGAAGCACACGCCCUUGUAGCUAGAAUGAAUAAUGAGAUUGAAUUUCCAUUUUUAACAUUACUCAUUUCCGGUGGACACUGUUUGCUGGCUGUGGCAAAAGAUGUAAACCAAUUUAGUUUACUGGGCCAGAGCAUAGAUUUUGCACCUGGUGAACUAUUUGAUAAAGUAGCUAGAAGAAUGAAACUCCGUAACAUUCCAGAAUACUCGGAAAUGUCAGGAGGAAGGGCUGUGGAGGAAGCUGCUUUAAAAGCUGAAAAUCCACACCAAUUCCUUUUCAUGCUUCCUCUUGCUGAUUUUAAAGACUGCAACUUCAGUUUCAAUGGCCUAAAAAGUUCUGUUCUAUACCACACAUUAAAAAAAGAGAAGGAACAUGCAAUAGCUGCUGAUCAACUAAUACCUGAAGUGUAUGAUUUGUGUGCGGCAGCACUGAUGGCUGUCACCAGACAUUUACUUCACCGGACUCAACGAGCUAUGGAAUUUUGUGAAGAAAGUGGUCUGAUCGGGAAAGAUAGAAGACAACUCGUGGUCUCUGGCGGUGUCGCUUGCAAUAACCUGAUAUUCAAAGCGCUUACAGUACUAUGCAACGAGUAUGGUUAUAAAAUUUAUAGACCUCCGCCAAAGCUAUGCACCGAUAAUGGUGUGAUGAUAGCGUGGAAUGGCCUCGAGAAAUGGAGAAAAAACAUUGAUGUCUUUCAUGACUUUAGUAAAUUGGAUAUAAAAGCAACAAGUCCUUUGGGUGAAGAUCUUAGUGGCAAAGUAUCUAAAGCCCAAAUGAAAAUAAAACUAAUAAAAGUAAAAUUUCAAAAUUGAGAGAUUCUGUUUAUU